AUGUCUGAUUUCACAGAGCGCAAGAUUCUUGAGGCGACCCAGCAUCUGCGGCUGGCGACGACGAACCAAGAUGUCCUCAAGCGCAACGAUGCAAAGGUCAGAGAGACAGAGCGCAGUCUCGCCUAUCUAGAGGGCGUCCUUCGCGAGCUGCAGACCCGGAAAGCACAGCAAAUGCAACAAGGUGAUCCUUCACGAUUUCCCUCUGGGCCUACGCCUCAAGUACCACCAAAGGAUUUCGAUGGGCGCGGCUUUUCCCCCGACGGCACCGUCGCUCGACCCCAGAGGAAGCAAUAUACCAACCUCGAUCUCAUCAAGGCUGAUACCCCGUUCACACCCAGGAAAAUCUCGCGUACUCUCCACCAGUUAGAAUUCAAGCUCCAGGUCGAAAAACAAUACAAACUCGGCAUAGAUAAGAUGGCAAAAUUGUACCAAGCUGACGGCGACAAGAAAUCGAAAGCGGACGCAGAGGCCAAGCGGAUCGAGAGCGACAAGAAGAUUCAGCUCCUCGAAACCGCAUUGAAGCGUUAUCGAAACCUUCAUGUACUCGACGAUGUAGCCGAAGACGAUGAGCAAGACACUGGGACCGAAGGCGACCGUCGAGAGAAAUUGCGCGCGAAACCUCUCUCUGGUACCCUCUAUGUCACCGUCAAGGGAGCUCGCGAGCUCGACCAUGCCCCGGUUGUCACGCGCUUCCGUUCAUCAGCGAAGCAGGUCACCGAAACACAUGUCUCUAUCAAGGCCGAAGGCAAUCAAUUGGCUCGAUCGCAUCCCUCGCGGACGGACCGCUGGAAUGAAGAUUUCGAGAUCGCCGUCGAAAAAGCCAACGAAAUCGAAAUCGUCCUUUACGACAAGCAAGUCAGCGAGCCACAUGCAGUCCCCAUUGGCCUGCUAUGGAUCAAGAUCACUGACCUUGUUGACGCCCUUCGUCGGCAGAAGAUUGGUCAGGAAAGUCAAGGAGGAUGGGUGACAGCUAAUGCGAUGCACGGGGAUGGUCCAAUGGGACCCGGCGGGAUCCACCACCACCCAAGCCAGCCCAUUACUGGCGACAUUAACGCACCUAUCGCAUUCCAAGACAACCUUUCUGCUUCCGGUCAUGGGGCUAGUCAUACCGAAGGAAUCGAGGCAUGGUUUUCGGUCGAGCCAGCUGGUGCAAUUGCCCUUCAACUCAACUUCGUUAAGGAAAAUGUCCGCAAGCGUCCUUUCGAUGCGCCGCUUGGUGGCCUUGGGCGCCAAGGCGCCGUCCGCAAGCGCAAGGGCGAUGUACACGAAAUGAAUGGCCACAAGUUCAUCCAACGCCAAUUCUACCAGCUGAUGAAAUGCGCAUUCUGCGGCGACUUCCUUCUCAAUGCCGCCGGUUACCAAUGCGAGGAUUGUCGGUACACUUGUCACCAAAAAUGCUAUGAGAAAGUGGUCACCAAAUGUAUAUCCAAGUCAAGCACAGGGGAGGACGAGGAUAAGAUCAAUCAUCGUAUUCCUCACCGAUUCGAAUCAAUCACCAAUAUCGGUGCCAACUGGUGUUGCCAUUGUGGCUACAUGCUUCCCUUUGGCCGCAAGAAUGCCCGCCGUUGCACAGAAUGCGACAUCACUUGCCACGCCAAUUGCGCACAUUUGGUUCCCGAUUUCUGCGGUAUGAGGAUGGAGGUUGCGAACGAACUCCUCCGAAGUAUGCAGGAUAUCAAGCGAAGACGCGAAGAUCGCGAGCAACGACGCCCUCCCACUCACCAGCCCGAGCAGCUCCAUACUUCGACGCCUUCCCUCGAUGCCAGGUUGGGCCAGAUGACUCUAGGAGGGCCACCCCAGCACGAACCGGGUCCCCCGGCACAGUUGCCUUCCAGUGAUCCAUUUGGACGACAAAUGCCAAUGCCCGCUCCUCAGACCUACGGGCCACCUCCGGAUAGAUCUUACUAUUCCCAAUCGCCACCUCCGCCUGCUCAAUCUCCCCCUUAUGGAUCACCUCCUACCCAACAGAUGCCGCCUCGCCCUCCAGGGGCCCGAGUACCAGUCCCUUAUCAGCAGGAGCAUCAAGCACCACCUCGACCUCCGCCUGGAGCGUACGACCCAAGUGCCUCUGGAUAUGGCUCUCCCUAUACGAGCCCUCGAUCUCAGCCACAAGGGCUCCCCGAGAAACCUUCAUUACCUUCCGUUCCUCAGCAGCAACAGUACCAGCAACAGCGACCCCCCGUUGGACUGCCUCCUCAUGUCCAGCCUCAACGCAUCCCUCCGCCUCAAGCUGCCCCCCAGCAAGGCAUGGUCCCGCCCCAACACCAACAACAGAUGAUACAGGCUCAGCCGCAGCGUCAACCCUCGAAGAAGCGGAAGGUCGGAUUGGACGAUUUCAACUUCCUUGCAGUCCUUGGAAAGGGUAAUUUCGGAAAGGUCAUGUUGGCGGAGGAAAAAAAGACGAAUGGACUAUAUGCGAUCAAGGUUUUGAAGAAGGAGUUUAUCAUCGACAACGAUGAAGUUGAGAGCACGCGUUCCGAAAAGCGCGUUUUCUUGACCGCUGCAAAGGAGCGCCAUCCCUUCCUUUUGGGUCUUCACUCGUGCUUCCAGACUGAAACUCGGAUAUACUUUGUGAUGGAAUAUGUCAGUGGUGGUGACUUGAUGCUGCACAUUCAGCGGAAGCAGUUCUCGCUGCGUCAGGCCAAGUUCUACGCAUCGGAGGUCCUGUUGGCUUUGGAGUACUUCCACCAAAACGGCAUCAUCUAUCGUGAUCUCAAGCUCGACAAUAUCCUGCUUACUCUCGACGGACAUGUCAAGGUUGCCGAUUACGGUCUCUGCAAGGAACAGAUGUGGUAUGGUCAGACGACGAGCACUUUCUGUGGCACUCCAGAGUUCAUGGCGCCCGAAAUUUUGCUUGAGCAACGAUACGGUCGAGCUGUCGACUGGUGGGCGUUUGGUGUAUUGACCUAUGAAAUGUUGUUGGGUCAAUCACCCUUCCGAGGAGACGACGAAGAUGAAAUCUUCGACGCAAUCCUGGAAGACGAGCCAUUGUAUCCCAUUACCAUGCCUCGUGACGCUGUGUCGAUAUUGCAAAAGCUGUUGACGAGGGACCCUGCUCGUCGUCUCGGAUCAGGAAAGGAGGACGCCGAAGAAAUCAAAAGACAGCCUUUCUUCAAGGAUGUCAACUGGGAUGAUGUGUUCCACAAGCGUAUUCCUCCACCCUACUUCCCGACAAUCAGCGGAAGCGCCGAUACCAGCAACUUCGACGAAGAGUUCACACGCGAACAGCCAACAUUAACCCCAGUGCACGGUCAACUCUCUUCGCGAGACCAAGCCGAAUUCAACGGUUUCUCUUGGGUUGCGAGUUGGGCGGAUAUCUAAUGAACGAAUGGCAAGAAUUACGGACAGGACAAUUGUUUCGCAUCUUUAUAUCGCCUACUUUUCUUUAUGCAGUCUGUAGUAGUGUUUACCUCCUCCCCCGUUGUUGUGGAUGUACCACCCUUUGCCCCAGAGGCAUCUGAUUUCUAUUUAUACCAUUUCC